AUGCCUGAUUGUUAUUACGUCGUCAAAAUUGUCUCUUCGCUGCAUAUUUUUACCUCCGCACUCUCUCCUCCUCCUCUUCCCUCUCCCCUCUCGAUCCAGCGGUUUUCGAGAAGAUUCUUAUCUUUGUUUACUCCUCGGAUACUCAUCAAAUGCCGCUGGAGGAAUGCUUCGUUUCCUUGUCGGAGUUCGAGAAAGAAGACCAAGGUCGUCUCCUCCCUAAAUGUGGCCACGCUUUUCAUGUUGAUUGCAUCGAUACUUGGUUUCGUUCCAGAUCCACUUGCCCUCUUUGCAGAGCUCCGAUUCAACCCGAUAAUCUCUCAACCAGAUCCGAAUCCACCGAGCAAGCGCUUCGUUUAA